AUGCUUACUGCAGUUCCACGUAAACCACAAAAAACUCCUGCCAAAGAACUUACCCCUGAUAACACCGCUGACACUGAUCAAUUAAGUCAGGAGGCUUCUGUCUAUUCUUCACCAGAACCAGCAAAUUCUUUUUCCUAUCCACAGAAUCAACUUCCAACAACACCUUCUCCUGCAUAUCGACAAGUAAGAAAACGACGACGACUAACCGAGAAAGAAACAACCAUACUUAAUGCUGUUUUUGAAGAAAACUCAAAACCAACUCAAAAUGUACGGGUCGAUUUAGCAAAACAGCUCAACAUGUCAUCAAGAGCAAUCCAAGUGUGGUUUCAAAAUCGAAGAGCCAAAGUCAAGAGGGAUACAAAACCAAUUGAAAGACCAGGAGAGAAACUUAUUGAGAGACCAGGCGAGAAACAAAUUGAAAGACUAGGCGAGAAACUUAUUGAGAGACCAGGCGAGAAGCCAAUUGAAGGACCAGGCGAGAAACAAAUUGAAAGUCAAGCACUGGAUCCAUCCGCGAGCCCGAGGGAUUUGAUUACCAAUAAACCCAAUGAAAUGACCUCUCUAACAGGUUCAUGCCCGCCCACUUCUGAUGAAGAUACCGACGCGUUAGUCUCUCCUGCUACACCACAGAAUAUAAUGGCCAAUCAUGGUAAUUUUAGAGGAUUUGUAUCGAGCGAUACAGCUGAUACGUCAUCGUUAGUGUCCAAGCCCAUCAUUGAGGAACAUAAAAAUACCAGUCAAAGUGAAAGUGUCAACAAAGUCUGCAGGCUGCCUUCAACUAACAAAAGAAAGUCGACAUGUGAAAAGCUAUUAAAGUGGAGUGAGCCGAGUUAUGUCAAACACGAGAACUGCGAUCCAUCUCAGUCAUUAAGAUAUCCCGCGAAUUUGAUAUAUUUCUCUGGAUAUCCCCAGACUCAGCCUCUUCCAGAAAAUCACGCCGUCGAACCUCCAUAUAUGCCUCCAUUAUCACUAUCAUACCCUUUGUUACCGGACAUGCCUUCUUCCAUGUCCACGUCGAUUACUCCCGUACCAUUACCCAUCAAUACUGCUUCAAUUUCCCAGAGCCUUUCGUCAUCGAUACCAUGUACACAUCCAAACACACAUACGUAUGCUGUCGCUCCCUUAUCGUCUUGUCUGCCGUGUCAUCCCUUCAUCCCUUCAACUUAUCCGCCAUCUCAGGUAUCACCACCUCAAACAAUAUGGAUUGCCGAUGACUCGAGUGCGGCUGAUAUUGACUAUGGUAUGGCACGGAUCCCUCCUGGAUACAACGACAAUAUUAAUGUAUUGUAUGAUAUGAUGUCAGUGUCGGAACAGCAAUGGCAACAGCAGACGGUCGAGGGAAUGUAUUAUCAGCCGUAUCAGCAUGGAGUGGAUGUCAUUGAUGGUUAUACCGCUUACGAUAGACACGAUGUAUAUAAUAGAUACAAUCAAUGCGCCGAAUAUAGUGUAAACGAAGUCAAUUUGCUUCCACGACCUGUAUGUGCUAUCACGCCGUUUGCUGGUGCUGUAUGGGGAAUUGAUGAUAGGCAUACAUACGAAGUCGAGUACGGACUAGGCUAUGGGCGAAUAAACGAUGAGAUAAUUGCAAACGAACGUGGGGUUCAACAUGAAUAUAGAGAAUACAAUCAGGGCUAUUAA